AUGGCUCUCAGCAACUUCGUCGCCGUCUCUGACAGACUGGUGCACUUUGAGAGUCGGGUCAGAGGGCCUGCAGCCGAAGACGACAAUGUACACACGUACGAGAUCCGUCUUGACCGCCUGCAAGCCCUCUGGGACAGUGUAGAGACCGCUUAUGCCACGUGCGCUGAUGCACUGCAUCGAGACGGCGACAACGAAGGCAUACAGGCCAUGGAGGCCAAAUAUGACCACUGCUAUGCAGUGAGUGAAGCAUCCGCUCCUCCUGUGUACUCCAGUGGCUGCCGGCUCCCUCCAAUCGACACCGAAGUAUUCCGUGGGGAUUACUUGCGGUGGCCGACCUUCCAUGAGGCCAAUGAGAUCGUAGCCAAAUUUCCGCUGACGAACGAUGGUUUCGCGUCGGCUUGGAGUGCUCUCUGCGAGCGAUUCGAAAACAAGCGCUUGUUAAUAACGAGCCAGUUAAAAAUUCUCUUCAACCUGUCCACGGUUUCGCAAGAGUCUGGAGCAGCGAUUAAGGAGCUGCAUGGCACAAUUCAGCGGUGCUUGACCGCUCUUGACCACUCAGACAUUUCAGUCUCUAGUCCUUUCGCCGACUGCAUCCUGGUAUUUCUUUGCUCAUCCAAGCUCCCCAAACUUACACUCUCACUAUGGGAGCAAUCAUUGGUGGACAAGUCCAAGAUUCCCGCGUGGCAGGACAUGAGCACAUUCCUCAACGAGCGUUAUCGUACGCUCGAGGCUGUUGAGGACAUGAAGCAAAACAACUCGCAGAACUCUACCGCUGAACCAUCCCGUCCACAGCAGAGUUCAAAGCGAAUUAACUCAUUCAAGGCCCGAGUCACUCAGAGAGGCAAAUCGUGUGACUUGUACUCAAAAGAGAAUCACCCUGUCCGGGUUUGUCCAAGCUUCCUUGAAAUGUCGGUCAAUGAUCGGAUGAGCUACAUCAAACAGAAAAGUCUCUGUUUAAACUGUUUCGCAAGAGGUCACCAACUCCGAGAGUGUACGAGUGCGCACAAUUGCUUGACAUGCAAGGGGCGGCACCACACUCUUCUCCAUCGGGGCGACAGUGCCCACAAUGGUGCCUCUUCCUCAUCCACUUCAGUCACACUUUCCAACAUACAGUCCACUUCGAAUCAAUCGGCAACAAAUGUGCAAAAUUACUUUGCCAUUAACGCUCAGAACAUCCUUCUCGGCACGGCGGUUGUCAAUGUAUGCCAUCUAGGUACUACCUACACCGCACGAGCACUAAUCGACUCGGGAUCCGAAGCGACUUUCAUUUCUGAGCGUUUAUUCCAGCGCAUAAAGUUGCCAUUCCAAUCCGUGCAAGCCCAAGUAUCUGGGCUGAAUCAUGCAAUUGCGGCCCAACCCUGCGGUUGGGUUAUGCAACUUCAGCAUUGGUUGUCCAACGAAGCCGAGGCUCCAUAUCGAGACCUCAGCGUUCGUUAUUCCACAACUGGCAGACAAGCUGCCACCAUUCCGUGUGCCGAAAGGCUUCCUAAAGGAUCUAGCAGCGAUUGA